GGCUGCUUGAGUCUCCUAGCGCAGGAUUGGCGAUUAUCAUCCUCUUCUUAUAAACAAAUAACAUUUUUAAAGUUUUAUAAUAAAAAUUAAUAUUCUUUAGUGAAUAGAAUUAGUGUUAAAUUCUCGUUUUCUUAGGUUAUAUAUAUAUAUAUAUAUAUAUAUAUAUAGAUAUAUAUAUAUAUCAAAGAUUAAGACACAUCUAUCGUCAAAUCGGUAACGGAUUUUUUUAGAAUUACUUUACAUUUAGAAUUGUUGAUUUUUAUGAUAUACCUUGAUCCUCGGUACUCAAAAGCUGACUAAAGCUCCGAUGCCUAGUGUCAAAGAUGAAUCAGAGCCAGAAGGAGAAGAAAUGUCUCAUGAUAGCAACGAUAGUAACCAAAGCUCUGCGUCGUGUGAUAGUAGUGCAGAACAUAGCGAUAGCGAUGAUUCUUCAGAGAUGGAUGAAGAUGAGUGUGAAAGAAGACGAAAUGAGUGUAUGGAGAAUUUAGUUGAUUUAGAAAGACAAUUUACGUUACUUAAAGAACAAUUAUAUCGUGAAAGAAUAACACAAGUUGAUACCAAAUUGGGGGAAGUACGAGUUGGUAAAUCGGAAGAAUAUUUAAUACCUUUGGAACGUUUAAAAGAAAAUAUGAAGACCAAAACGGAAGUUGCUGGAAUAUUGAAACAAUACAGAUUACAAAAUAUACAAAAUAAAUUUUUAGCUGAAGAACAGGCAGCACUACAAAAUUUUGAGAGUGAAAAAGAAUUGAUUUGGGAUUGUAUACAUAAUGAUCUUCAAGAGAAAAUUCGUAGAUUGGAAGAGGAUAGAAAUAACGUUGAUAUUCAUGCAGAUUUAUGGUUAAAUUCAACCGGUAGAAGGCGUCGAAACCAUACAGAGAGAAGGAGAGCAGUUUCUGUAGCAGGACCGUAUAUCGUUUAUAUGCUUAAUGAUGCUGAUAUUUUGGAAGAUUGGGCAUUGAUUAAAAAGAGUCUGAGUAGUCGAAAAACUGAAAUAAUUUAAGACAUAAAUCUAAUAUGUCAAUAUGUGGACAUACAUGAAUGUGUAGUGUCAUAUUACAAAAUUAACAAAUCUUUUUCUUUUAAAGUUAACUGUGACAACAGUUACUUCUAAUGCAGACAUCGUUUUGAGUUUCCACAUCUAUAAUAUGUGCCUUUAAGUGCAAUGAACUAAACGAGGAUUAAGAACUCCUUUGCAUUGUGAAGAACUGUUAAGCACAAUGAGUGGUUAAGGUGAAAAUCUGAUAGAAAAAUCUUUAAACUGUACCAAUGCUUAUGCUUUUUUGUAAAGAAGCAUACGAAUUCAAAGGAUUUUACCAAUUACGCGUCUAAAUUUUAUAUUGUAAAAUAAUAAAGACAUUUAAAUUAA